CCAUUUUCAUUCACUUUCAUUUGCGUCUUCUAAAACAUCAUCGCUGCGUCCCACAGCGCCGCCGCCUCUCUCUCUCUCUCUAAAAACCAUGCAAAUAAUAAGUUCUACAAUCCCGGCUCAAAAUCUCUCCCAAUUUCAGGUCCGCCGGUCGAGUUUCAAAUACCAAAUGUCGCCGUUGAACCCCUCAGCGGCGCAGAUUUCUUCCUUUAAACCCGCCACGUCGACGGUUGAUGGAGCUCGCCGGCAUCUGGCAAAUCUGGACAAGUUGUUGAAGAAAACCGAUCCGCCGGUCAAGGUCGACCCGGAACCGGUUCACAAGGACCCGAAUAAGGGAUCGGUGAUGCCGAUUAAAGGAAAGGGGCUUUUAGAAGGGCUGAACCUGGCCAGAAUUUGGCCGGAGGUAAAAGCGGUGGAGGAAAUGUCGCCGAGAAAUCUCAACAGGCUGCAGAGGCUACUGUCGAAAACGAUGGAGUAUUCACCGAGAAACGCCCUCGGCCAGCGGUGGCGCGAGUACCACGGUUGCAACGAUUGGUCCGGUUUACUCGACCCGCUCGAUGAAAAUCUCCGCCGUGAAGUCGUCCGGUACGGGGAGUUCGUACAAGCCGCAUACCAUGCCUUCCACUCAAACCCAGCCACGUCACCCAACGAGGCCCCACUCCCUCGCCACGUGGCACUUCCGGAUAGAUCUUACAAAGUCACAAAGAGUCUCUACGCCACGUCAUCAGUCGGGCUACCCGGUUGGGUGGACGAGGUCGCUCCGGAUCUCGGCUGGAUGACGCAGCGGUCCAGUUGGGUCGGAUACGUCGCCGUUUGCGACGAUCGCCGUGAAAUCGCACGAAUGGGACGACGCGAUAUCGUCAUCGCACUUCGUGGCACCGCCACCUGUCUGGAAUGGGCCGAAAAUGUUAGAGCUCAACUCAUCAACAUCCCCGCUGACGCUGACGCUGCCGCGGAAGACGGUGGCGAUCCGAAAGUGGAGUGCGGAUUUCUAAGCCUGUAUAAAACUGCUGGAGCACACGUGAAGAGCUUAUCAGAGUCGGUGGUGGAGGAAAUCCGACGAUUAACGGAGAUGUACAAAGGAGAAAGGUUGAGCAUCACAGUGACCGGACACAGCCUAGGCGCGGCAUUGGCUGUCCUGGUAGCGGACGAGAUCAGCGUUUGUUCACCGGAGGUUCCGCCAGUGGCAGUGUUCUCAUUCGGCGGACCGCGCGUGGGGAACAAAAUCUUCGCAAAUCGAAUAAAAUCUCGAAACGUGAAGGUAUUGCGGAUUGUAAACUCACAAGACGUGAUAACACAGGUACCGCCAGUGACAUACUCCCACGUGGGAACCGAGCUCCGAGUGGAGACAAAGAUGUCGCCGUUCUUGAAACCUAACGCCGACGUAGCUUGUUGCCAUGAUUUGGAAGCGUAUUUACAUCUGGUCGACGGAUUCUUGUCGUCUAAAUGUCCGUUCCGACCGAAUGCGAAACGGAGUUUAGUGCGACUGGUGCAAGAUCAGAGGGGGAACGUGAAGAAAUUGUAUAUGAGGAAAGUGAAGGAUUUGGGCUUCAAUCCAGAGCUGCAGACGGCGGGGUGUUUGCCGAGUCCCUCUUGAUUUCAUCACAAUUUUACUAAAUCUGGGGAGUUUGGUUGAACAUGGUUGGAUUCUAGGCAUUAGAUUUCAUGAACAUACACAAUUUCAAUGGGGCAGAAAAGAUUCUUCCCUUUGUUAAUUACUUCUACUUUUUCAUUUCUUUAUUUUUGUGAGGGCGGAGAUUAAUCUCCUUCUCUCAUCACAACCUUCCCUUUUUACCGCCUCAUCUGAUGAAUUAUGUUCAGAUUGGCGUGUUAUAUACCUUGUAUUAAAUUAAUUAAUCUAUGGUUCUUUUUAAUGUUUUUUUCAA